AUGUCGAGCACUCUGGCCGCUGCGCAACCCGAGCCGUCGAAAUUCCUGACCGUACCCGCGGAGAUUAGGGAGCUCAUCUACAGAGAAAUCCUCCACCCGGAUGCCAAUCGAGUCUACUACGAGGACGAAUACACCCACUACAACUAUGCGCCAGCUCUUGUACUAUUCAAGUUGAACCGUCAAAUUUGGCACGAAUCCCGCAAGAUCUUCCGCGACUUGAACGUCUUCGUUCGUGUCGAGACCCCUUGGCCAGAGGCACAAGACCAUGUAGCUCUGAAAGGCCAUGUGCCCAUCCUGAUCUCCAAGGACAAAGCCCGCAAAUUUCAAGAUCACAGCCUGGAAGUCGGCAUCGAUGCUCCAGACCACACCAACCCGGACAUCGAGACGCAGUGCUUCGUCCUACUGCUCGAAGAUCUCCACAAAUUCACUCGUACGUGGUUCUACGCCGACCUAUCUCAUCCUGGCAUGAACAAUUACCUUCGCCUCAACCUCACGCUCCGAGAUCCAUACACUCCAGAUUGGGAGGAGGGCCGCAUUCCUAAGUCUCUCCAACGGCGCUUACUGCUACCUUUCGGUGAAGUCAGGAAUCUGAAGGAUACUGUCAUCUGCGGCGAGCUCAAACCCUACCGCGCCAUCGUGCAAGAACUUCGAGAUCAUCAAGCCGAACCCCAUGUAUCGCCCGAAUCCUGUCUCCGCGAGUCGACCCGUCUGAAGCUCGCUGGCAAUGAAGCGCUCAGAGCUGAGAAUUAUCAGGCCGCACUGAAACUCUACAACGAGUCCUGGUUGGCGAUGCAUAUUGUGAUCAAAGGUCGACAGCGCCAUAUCCACGCAGACGCCUACUUUGGGAAGAUCCUCACCGAAGAGCCGUUUGUACAAAAGCAUGGACAGCAGCAGAGAUUGAUCCUUCGCGUACAGCUGGUUGCAAAUACUUGCUUGGUCUACCUCAAGCUGAAAGAGUACGAGAAUUGUGUUUUCUGGGGCAUGCGGACCAUCAACGUGGUUCGGGAAGCAGUGGGGAUUGAUGAGCGAACGAUGAUCUCGCCGGAAGAGGAGGCGGUGAGAGGCUUCCCGGCUGCCGACCAGAUGGGCAAGAUUUACUACCGCGUUGCGCUGGCUUGGAAAGAGUUGGGCGACGUGAGCGAGGCCAGGAGGCUGCUGAAGGUUGCGAGGAUUUAUCUGCCGAGAGAUGAGAAUGUCAUGAGAGAGGUUGCGGCAACGGCUUUGAAGUUGGGCUAG